GAAUAUUCCUCCUGUAGAUGGGCAUGGCCGAUUUAAGCCUAGGCUGCAGGAGAGAGCAGCAGCUGGGGCAGCCCACCCUGGGCGAGGGGAGCACUGGAUGCCGCCCAAAGGGGGUCCCCAGUACCAGCACGUCCUGGGAAGGGAGAGGGAGGGAGGACGGAGGGAGGAUGGAGAGGACGGGGAGGAGGGAGAAGGAAGAGGAGAUGUUCCCAUCCCUGACGCGCGCGUUGCGGCGAGCUCUUACAAGAAGUGUGCUCCUGGCGCAGGCUGUAUCGGGCAAAAGGUGGCGGCCCGUCCAUCGGGCGGCCAGGGGCAGAAGGUGGCCGCUGAUCCAUCAGACGACCAGAAGGCAGAAAGUUGCGGCUAGGGGGUGGCUGCCAGUUCACCAGACGGCCUCAAGCACAGAGUCAGCUUCACUGGAAUACAUCAACCUCUAGGUAGAGCAGCUGCACGGCCCUGUCUUCUUGUCGUGCUGUCCAUGCCAUGCACAUCAAGGACUGAGCACGACGACGACAGGCAACCUCUAGGGUCGCCGCAUCUGGCUGUGCAAGGAGCCAGAGGGAGACGCGGCCCUGGCGACCACAAGGACGCUUCAGAUCAAGCCUCGGGAUCCGCCACCAAGCCUCGGCGGCGAGACUUCUGAGAAGUUAUUUCUGCUGGCAGAGGCCCCCCCCACCACCACGGCAGGGCCGUGGCAGGACGACGGAGCUGGGGCAGCCACGGUGGACACUAAUUAGGGGAGCCCGAUCCUGACGCUGCAUCAGUGCUGCGCUGGCACGGCGGCGGCGGGGCUGUGCACGCGGCAAGCGAACCUGAAGAGCACAGGGCCCACGGCACCGUGCGCAUUAUAACGCGGCGCCCAGCCAGACCGCACGGACGCGCGCCGCGACCCCCCCUCCCAGGCAGUCCAGGCACCUGGAGCGAGGCGAAGCGGAGCGGCGAACGCCGGAGUGGUGCGCGCGCCUCUGGGGAGCCCCCGCCCGUGCCCAUUAGGGCGCGUCGUGAGGGCCGUGGCCUCAAAAGUGUGACACGUUGGCGGACUCACACGGUGACCACAGACCAGCUCCAAGAACCUGGAGGGGCUCUGCGGAGACGCGCAGCCGCGCUGCCGCCCUCGACCGACAGAGCAGCUCUGGGCGCGGCCGGGCCGGAUGGGAUCCGUGGAGCGAGCGGAGGAAGAGGCCCGGGGAGGAAGAGAACAGGUGGGUUGAGGGGGAAAGGAGGAGGGGCAAACUCGCGCCCACGCAUCCAGCGUUGAUUGGAUCGAAUCGGAGCGAGCAGGUCAAUGGCACAGAUAAGAUCGAACGGUAGCCUGAGGCAACCCUGGCAGCCCGGACAGGGAGGGUAAUCCCAGACAGCUCGCCGUGCGGACAGAGCUAUCAAGCCUAUUGGAGCGCGCGUGCGCACAUGGGACGCCCGUUCGGCUGAAUCUGGGGCAAACACUUGGUCGGCUUAGGGAACGGAACCUGCUGAGUGCCCGAGAAGAGCACUGGCUUGAAGAUGUCAGGAACGUCGUGGCCCAUCACUGGACUGUUCCGAUAGCGACGAACGUUCGCCCGCAAGCCCUGCACAUUGGACGAAGUCACCUUGCAGAUUUUUCGUCGCCCACGUGACCAGCCGCUGUAGCCGUGGAAGACCUGGACCAAGCGCUGCAUGUGUUCCUCAGUGAUCAUGUUCACGAAAGCGAAGCCUUUGCCUCUCCGGCUCUCGAAGUCAACUGGAACGUAGACAAAAUCGUAGAGCCCUGCAAAGCCGUGAGCGUUCAACACCAGGAGCAGAGCAUCACACAUCAGGUCGCACGGCAGGUUCAGCAGCAUCGCUGUGGUCGGCGCUGGCUCUGUCGAUAAUUGGCGUGCAAAACAGGGAACUGGAACAUCCUCUGAUCUGGGAGGCUGCUGGGGCGUGCUGACCACCUGCGAAGCACGCGGAACAAACGCCGAAGCCAUGCUGCUCAGUGGCGUGCGUGCGCUCCCGGGCGUCCGCGCAAGAGCGGGACCCCACAGUGAGGCGGGCGACUUCUCGAAUGCUCUGGAAGCACCCUUGGCUUCGACAGCUAAGCCAUAACCGUUGAUCCCCACCGAAGACAAGCAACGGAGGGGCUCGUCAUCAACCUCAUGGUCGGAGUCAGGACUGAGGUUGGGCCGGGUGCCAAGACGGGCCAAGAGAUCUUCACAUGCGCACGCCUUCUCGAAGAGGGCAUCUCUGGCACUCCUGUCCACCUGCAUCUCGGGGAGCGAGCGAGUGGUGGGCUGUGACCCACGAGUAUGUAAAGUGGUGUGGUUUUGCGGCU